CAGCACAGCACAGCCAAAUUUCAUUUUGUCAUUGUGUAAUGGCGUCUGUCUAGUUCUCAGCGGUUUACAGCUUAUUUUUUAUUUCAAUACUUUAUCCUUUAUUUGUAAAAUCAUGAAAUCAAAUUUUGUUUUGUUGUGAAAUACGAGCCGUAGAAAAAUGUUAAUUGUUCAGUGGCUCUGUGAAGUGUUUUCAGACAAGCAUACCUAUGUACACCGAGUAACAAAACUGUGCAAAAAACAUUUCGUGUAGGUUGCAUGUAAUUUUGGUUUUAUUUGAGGCAUAUUGUGGAAUAACAUAAUGACUUAGUGUUGGUCACACCUGGUUUGAUUUGUAUUAACAGACAAAAAGUGAUACUUUGAAGUAUUAGGUAGCCACGAUCGUCGUGUGCAGUGUAUGCCGUUUCCGUCUUUAGUGAUUAUUUUAUCGAGGCAUAAAAGAUGAUUUGAUCAUAUAGUUGUUGGCAGCGGGUCAGCGGCUAACAUGCAGCCGUAUGGGCGGGGCGCCCGCCCCCGCCUCGCCUUUGUCCCUUAGUUGGCAAAUGCUAACACAAGUACAUAAGAGCAUGGUUGAGCGCGCGGACGAUCUUGAAAGCAGCCGUAAAAUUUUGCAAAGUCGCCUCUCAAGCCUCGCUUAUGACGACUUUCACCUUGAUCCUGUUUCAAGAGAGUUUGUUGUAAAACAUUUACGGGUCGAAUAUCCCAGAGAAAAAGUGCCCCUCAUAUUAACACCGUUGCUGUAUCCGGAAGACACCCAGAGUCCACCGAUGACGAUGAGCUCUGCCGAGGCCAUGGCGGCCGCCCUGCGCGACGCCCCUCUGGCAGAGGUCAUCAAGGACAUCGGUUACAGUUUUACCGUUACCCUUGAGGACUGCAAGAACAACAUGUUGAACUUUGGCGGGCGAGAGCCCACCGCGACCGACGUCGCUCGAAUCAUCUGUAUGAUGGUGCGCUACCAUACGACGGUGACGGACGCGCCGCAGAUACAGACGCCGGGAAACUUCUGGAGGAAUCACGAAGGCCAGAGGGAGACCGCGGCCCCCGGACCCGCGGACUGCUGGAACGCAGACGUCUUCGUGCUCACGCUCAAAGAACUCGCCUCUAAUUUAAAUUGGAAGGAAGUCAUACUUCAACUCGACCAACCGGAAUUCAUCGUUCCGGACAGACAGGGCUUGAGCCUUUUGUUCUCAAUUCUGCGCUUGGGACUGCAAAGUGCAGGUUACCCGUCCAAUAUAUUCCCAGUAGAAUACCUGUGCCGGAGGUGGACCAAUCUCGAAGGCCAGAUGAGUUUGAUAGGUAAUAUCUUGAAACACCCCGACGUAUUUAGCCUCGCCGACUAUCCAUUCCACCCGGUGUCCGUGGACGUUCUGAAGUCGCCGCCGGAGGCCGACAACAAGGAGGUGGCGACGUGGCGCUGCCUGUACCUGGUGGAGCUGCUGCUGCACGCCGCGGACCGCGGGCACUACCUGCAGGUGCACGACCUCUUCAACUUCCCUCUGCUGCAUUGCCCCGACGUCUUAAUGCUCGUCUUGAUUCAAAUAAAUGCGCCAAUAACGGGCUUUCGACAAGAAUUAUUGUCUACUCUGAUACCUAUAUUCUUGGGCAAUCAUCCAAACGCCGGUGUGAUAUUGCAACGAGCGUGGCAUUCACAAAACCCGAACAUUAAGCCCAUAAUAAUGCACGCGAUGACCGAAUGGUACAUCCGCGGCGACUGCGACCAGUCCAGGUUGUCCAGGAUCUUGGACGUCGCGCAGGACCUGAAGGCGUUGUCGGUGCUGCUGAACGUGCAAUCCUUACCCUUCGUCAUCGACCUGGCGUGCCUCGCCUCGCGCCGGGAAUACCUCAAGCUGGACAAGUGGUUGACGGACAAAAUCAGAGACCACGGUGAAAUUUUUAUAUCCGCAAUGGUGAAGUUUUUACAGAGAAGAUGUCCCCCGGUCGCGGGCAACGGGGCCGAGGAGCAGCCGCCCAAAGCGGCGCUGCCCUCGGCCGAGACCGUGGGCACGAUGCUGACGUGUCUGCAGCUGUGCGCGCCCGGCGUCGCCCCCGACCUGCAGGACGCCAUCUACGGCGUGGCCGCGCACUGCCAGGCCUGGCUCGUGGCGAAGGCGCGCCAGACCCUGCCGGCGCUGGCCCGCCCCUUCCACCCCGCCGGUCAAGGGGGCCAGCUGUUCGCCCCCCAUGUCGACUCCGUGGCGACCCUCAGUACCGGUGUCGCCGGUAUGACAUUGGGCAUGCCGACGGACACCGCAUUCGGCAUGACCGGCGCCCUGGGGCCGGUCGCGCCCUCGCCGGGAUCGCCCUCGCGGCCGUUAGGGCCGGGGCCCAACAGCCCUUAUCCGAUGAUGGCGCUUCCGCACAACCCCAACGUCCCCAAUAUGGCCGCACUGACGCGAAUGGCCCAAGUCCCGACGGUGGACAAGUUUCGGUCGCCGGAUCAGAUCAAUUUGCCCGAAAUAAUGCUUAGCGUUUCGAAGAAAGUCGAAGAUGAAGCGAACGGCUACUUCCAACGGAUAUACAAUCAUCCGCCCCAUCCGUCCCUCUCCAUAGACGAGGUGCUGGAAAUGCUCAAGAAGUUUCAAGAGUCGCCGAAUAAAAGAGAGCGGGAAGUGUUUUCGUGCAUGCUCCGAAACCUGUUCGAGGAAUACAAGUUCUUCCCCGAAUACCCCGAUAAAGAGCUUCACAUAACCGCGCAGCUGUUCGGCGGCAUCAUCGACAGGGGCCUGGUGCCGACGUAUGUGUCGCUGGGCCUGGCCUUGCGCUUCGUGCUGGACGCGCUGCGCAAGCCGGAGGGCUCCAAGAUGUACUACUUCGGCAUCACCGCCUUGGACAGGUUCAAGGCGCGUCUCAAGGAGUACCACAAGUACUGCGAGCACGUCCGCGCCAUUCCGCACUUCGGAGACUUUCCUCCGCACCUGGUCGAGUACGUGGAGUACGGGCUGCAGGGCCGCGAGCCCCCCGCCGCGCCCCCCGCCGCGCCCCCCGUCGCGCCCCCUGCCAGGUAUUUUAAACCGAAUCAUUACCUGGCGAUGGCGGCGGCUGCGGUGGCCGCGGCGCUGGGGGGCGCGGGCGGGCGGCCCUCCAUCGCCAGCGCCACCAACAUCGACACGCUGCUGACGGCGACGGAGCGCGAGGCGGGUCCGGCCGCGCCCCCGCGCCACGUGCAGGACAAGACCGCCUUCAUCUUCAACAACCUCAGCCAGCUCAACCUGAAGACCAAGUGCGAGGAGCUCAAGGAGAUCCUGACCGAGGAGCACUAUCCCUGGCUCGCGCAGUACGUCGUCAUGAAGCGGGCGUCCCUCGAAUUCAAUUUCCACGCCCUGUACUCCAAUUUUCUCGACGUCUUGAAAGCCCGGGAGGUGAACAGAUUGGCGAUAAUGGAGACCUAUCGAAACAUAAAAGUGUUGUUGCGUUCCGAUAAAAGUAUCGCCAACUUUAGCGACCGCUCGCUCCUGAAGAACCUCGGCCACUGGCUGGGCAUGCUGACUCUCGCGCGCAACGUUCCCUUGCUGCACCGCGACAUCGACCUCAAGGCGCUGCUGCUGGAGGCGUACCACAAGGGUCAGCAGGAGCUGCUCUACGUCGUGCCCUUCGUCGCCAAGAUCCUCGAGGCGUGCGCCAAGAGUGUCAUAUUCAGGCCGCCGAACCCGUGGACCAUGGGAUUGAUGAACGUCCUCGCCGAACUCAACCAGGAACCCGAUCUCAAGUUGAACCUAAAAUUCGAAGUAGAAGUGCUGUGUAAAAAUCUGGGUUUAGAACUAUCAGAGUUGAAACCGACGUUAUACUUGAAGGACUCGGAAAACCAAAAACUUAUAGAGCUCCAGCUUUCGCAGCCGAAGACGAGUGCGGAGCCCGGCGAGGUCGCCGCGAGCCGCGCCGCUCCGCAAGCGUUGCCCGCGCCGGCGGCGCCCGCAGCGCCCGCAGCGCCGGCGGCGCCCUGCCCCGACGCGCUCGAACUACCGGAGCCUCGGUUUAGUUACAUGGAUGUAAACGUCACUUCGACAACUGCAUUCGGACAAAAAAUUUCCUUCAAUCCUCAUAUAAUUUUAUUUCAAAACUACCCGCACUUGAAGCAGUUCGUCAGACCGGCCGUCGAGAGAUCCAUACAGGAGUGGAUCCACCCGGUGGUGGACCGCGCCAUCAGCUACGCGCUGACCGCCUGCGAGCACGUCGUCCGCAAGGACUUCGCGCUGGAGCCGGACGAGGCGCGCUUGCGCUGCGCCGCGCACCACAUGAUGCGCAGUCUCACCGCCGCCAUGGCCAUGAUCACUUGCCGCGACCAGCUCGCCGCCACCAUCGCCGCCAACCUCAAGGCGGCCUUCCUCGGCGCGCUGCUGCCCGCACCCCCCGCACCCCCCACACCCCCCACACACCCCACACACCAGAACAUAAUCGAGAGCGCGGCGGCGGUGCUGGCCACGGAGAACAUGGAGCUGGCGUGCGCCUACAUUCAGAAAACCGCCGUCGAGAAGGCCCUUCCCGAACUAGACAAGCGACUGAUGAACGACUACGAGAUUAGAAAACAGGCUCGGCUGGAAAACCGACUCUAUUACGACCCGAUGGUGUUGACAUAUCAAACCGAAAAUCUGGCAGAGAGAGUGAGGCUGAGAAUGGGAGGACCGACGGAGGCGCAGAUGGCGGUGUACGAGGAGUUCGGCCGCAACAUCCCCGGCUUCGCGCCCGCGCGGGACUCCGCCGCGCACCCGGCUCGGCCCUCGCCCGCCAACUCGCCCCCGGUGGGCCCGGCGCCUCCGCCCCCUGCGGGCCUGGCGCUCCCCCCGGCGGGCCUGGCGCUCCCCCCGGCGGGCCUGGCGCUCCCCCCGGCGGGCCUGGCGCUCCCCCCUGCGGGCCUGGCGCUCCCCCCUGCGGGCCUGGCGCUCCCCCCGGCGGGUCUGGCCGGCGAGGAGGCGGCGGCGCUGGUGCGCGCGGGCGAGGCGCUGUCGGGCGCGCUGGCGGCGCACGCGUUGCCGGCGCUGGCCACCAACGUGCACGCGCUGCUGGAGUGCCUCGUGCUGGCCACCAGGAACCGGGACAUCGUCUCCGCCUGUAAUCUGGUACAAAGGGCGGUGGAGGGUCUGCUGGAGGGCGCGGGGCCGAGCGCGGCGGGCGAGCCGGGCGGGGCCGCGGGCGAGCUGGGCGCGGGGUACCGCGAGCUGCACGUGCGCGUGCUGCGGCUGGCGGGCGAGGCGGGGGGUGCGGGGGGCGCCGCGUGGGCGCGCCGGCACGCCACCGCGCGGCUGCUGGACGCGCGCGACGACCUGCGCUACAACCUGGACGCCGUCGACUGCCUCCUGCGCAACCGCCUGCUGGACCUGCCGCAGUACGACCUGGCGCUCGCCCGGCUCAUGGAGGAGGGCAACAACCGGGUGGCGGUGGGGUUCGCCAUGCGGCUGGUGCAGCUGUACCUGGUGGACGACCGCCACAACCCGUCUGUGCGCGAGGCCGACCUCCGCCACACCACGGAGACGCUGGCGCGAGUGGCGGCGCAGGCGCAGGCGCACCCCGCGCUGGCCGCGCUGCUGGAGGCGCUGCGGGUGCAGCAGGAGCCCGGCGAGCGGUCGCCGGCGGGCCCCGCGGCGCACAUGCACGCGGCGCUGGCGCAGGCUCGGAGCCGCUGUUGCGACGACCCGGCGGGACUGCGCGAGAAGACCGAGAGCGUGCUGCGGGAAUGGCGCAACAUGCUGCUCAGUCCGCUCACGGACGUGGAGUUCGCGCAGAACUUCAGCGUGUACGUGCACCGCAUGAACAUGGCCGGCAUCUUGUCGUGCGAGGACACGCUCACCCGCUUCCUGCGCAUCGCCACUCAGCUGUGCUCCGACGGCGCGCGUCGCCAGCUGCAGGACGGCGGCGGCGGCCGCGAGCGCUGCUACGCCACCUGCGACGCCUUCGCCAAGCUGCUCGCGCUGCUGGUGAAGACUGCCGCAGACCCCGCCGCCCCCGCCGGCCCCGCGGGACCCGCCGGCGUCGCGCCCAAGCUGAACCUGCUCAACAAGGUGCUGGGCGUGCUGGCGGCCCGCCUGCUGCAGGACCACGAGGCCGGCGGCGACUUCCACCCGCUGCCCGCGCACCGCCUGCUGCUCGUGCUCUUCCUCGACAUGAACGUGCCGGAGCCCGUGCUGGAAGCCAUGAACUACCAGGUGCUGACGGCGUUCUGUCACGCGCUGCGCCUGGUGCGUCCCGCGGCGGCGCCCGGCUUCUGCUUCGCCUGGCUCGACCUGGUGGCACACCGCGCCUUCCUCAGCCGUCUGCUGGCGCUCACGCCGCAGCAGAAGGGCUGGGGAAUGUACGCGGCGCUGCUGACGGAGCUGUUCAAGUUCCUGGCUCCGUUCCUGCGCAACACGGAGCUGGGCGCGCCGGUGGCCAGGCUGUACCGGGGCACGCUGCGGGUGCUGCUGGUGCUGCUGCACGACUUCCCCGAGUUCCUCUGCGACCACUACUACGUCUUCUGCGACGAGAUCCCGCCCAACUGCAUCCAGAUGCGCAACCUCAUCCUGUCCGCGUUCCCGCGCACCAUGCGUCUGCCGGACCCCUUCACCCCCAACCUGAAGGUGGACCUGCUGCCGGAGAUCGCGCUGCCGCCGCGCACCGCCCGCGACGUCUCCGCGCUGUUGCCGCCCUCGCGCCUUCGCCGCGACCUCGACGCCUACCUGGAGGCGCGCGCGCCCGUCGCCUUCCUGGCCGAGCUGCGCACCGAACUGUGCACCGAGCUGCGCACCGAACCUUCGCGGCGCUACGAGGCGCGGCUGGUGAACGCGGUGGUGGCCUACGUGGGCGCCCGCGCCGUGGCGGCGCUGAGGGCGCGCGGGCUGGCGCCCACACUGAGCACGGUGGCGCACUCGGCGCACAUGGACAUCUUCCACAGCUUCAUCGUCGACUUCGACCACGAGGGACGCUACCUGUUCCUGAACGCGGUGGGAGACCAGCUGCGCUACCCCAACAGCCACACGCACUACUUCAGCUGCUGUCUGCUGCACCUGUGGUCUGCUGCGGGCGAGGUCGCGGGCGCUGCGGGAGUGCGGGAGCAGGUGACGCGGCUGCUGCUGGAGCGGCUGGUGGUGAACCGGCCCCACCCCUGGGGUCUGCUCGUCACCUUCAUCGAGCUCAUCAAGAACCCGGUGUACGACUUCUGGUCGCACGACUUCGUCCGCUGCGCGCCGGAGAUCGAGAAGUUGUUCGCGUCGGUGGCGCGCUCGUGUGUGGCCGAGCCCCCCGCGCCCCCCGCGUCCGCCGCGCCCCCCGAGCCCCCCGCGCCCGUCGCGCCCCCCGCGCCGCGCGAAGGUCACAUGCCCUCCAUUGAAGUAGACAUCCUGCGGGGCGCAGUACACGUGCGAGUGCGCAGUCGCACGGCGCAGUACACGUGCGAGUGCGCAGUACACGUGCGAGUGCGCAGUACACGUGCGAGUGCGCAGUACACGUGCGAGUGCGCAGUCGCACGGCGCAGUACACGUGCGAGUGCGCAGUCGCACGGCGCAGUACACGUGCGAGUGCGCAGUACACGUGCGAGUGCGCAGUACACGUGCGAGUGCGCAGUACACGUGCGAGUGCGCAGUCGCACGGCGCAGUACACGUGGGAGUGCGCAGUACACGUGCGAGUGCGCAGUCGCACGGCGCAGUACACGUGCGAGUGCGCAGUCGCACGGCGCAGUACACGUGCGAGUGCGCAGUACACGUGCGAGUGCGCAGUACACGUGCGAGUGCGCAGUCGCACGGCGCAGUACACGUGCGAGUGCGCAGGACGUCUUGCAGACAUGAGUGUGUACAACGUGUGUACAACGUGUGUACAAAUGGCGCUCGGUCGCUGA